GCGGUUUGAGUAAGAACGUUUCUUUCCUUUCGGCUGUUGCGCGCAGGACCUUUUGCAUUUACUGUGCACUUGAACAAAAUUAUCAUUUGUUGCACCGCCAGUGUUAGUAGCAGCAAUAAUACAGUCAAUUGGUGCUUGAAAGGAUCUGUUGUUGGAAACUUGUGAUUAAUAUUCUAACGCCCUUUCUUCUGCUAGAGUACGAAAAGUGUUUCUUUAGAAGAAAAGUUAAUUUCUGUUUGUUUCGAUGUGUGUGGAUUGAAAAGGAUUAAGGCGUUUCUCGAAUGUGUUAACGAGCGAAAGAAAAAAAAAAAUAGCAAAACGUGGCCUUACAAUUGUACAAAAAUAGUUACAGUGCAAACUUCUGCAAACAGGAAGUUGUGAAACAACCGGAAACCGUGAUUUCUAGUGGCAGGCGAAAUCCUGCUGGUGGAAAGCAACACAAAUGAAACGCACAGAGUGUGAGCAUUCGAUGAAAAGCGAAAAAUAAAAAGUGCAAAAUUGAAUCAUAAAUUUACCUAAGGAGUGCAAAAAAAUGUUUUUAUCGCAGUGCAAGGAAGUUGCGAAGGAAUUUACACACUCAGCACAGUACAGGCGUUGCAGCCCUGCCCUGUGAGCGAAAGAUAGAGAGAGAGCGCGCGAGCAGUGCGGUCGUGCGACACACGGAACGCGCGAGCUAAAUCAAAGUAGUCGUUGUUGGUCAGGCAGUACGCAGUAGGUGCAGCGGAGCAGGAAAAGGAAGCUCCCGGGGGCCCCGCGAGAACAAGCGAACGAUCAUCGGCGAAGAAAAUUGCCGAUACGCGAAGUCAACCAGCAACGCUUGAACCAGAGGAAAAAUUCGAACUCUAGCUGGUGACUGAACAGGAGAAACAUGUAAAAUAGGAGAGGACUCCAGCUCUAAACUCGACUGAAACGUUUCGAUUCACCUGCUGUGGUGUGGGAACGCAAAGAAAAAUCUUAGUCAUAGCGCGAAGGACGUCGGCGUCGACGUCGCAAUAAAAACAAACGUACUAUACACCUGGCAAUCGUCAAACCAUGUCGUCCCAAAGAUUCUGCCUGCGGUGGAACAAUCACCAGACCAAUCUGCUGUCAGUGUUCGAUCAGUUGCUGCACGCGGGAACAUUCAUCGAUGUCACGCUGGUCGUUGAAGGACAGUUCCUGAAAGCCCACAAGAUGGUCCUGUCGGCCUGCAGUCCGUACUUCCAGGCGAUUUUCGUCAACCACCCGGAGAAACAUCCGAUCGUCAUUCUGAAGGAUGUGCCGUACAACGACAUGAAAUGUCUGCUGGACUUUAUGUACCGGGGUGAGGUUUCGGUCGAUCAGGAUCGCCUGGCGGCGUUUUUGCGUGUGGCGGAAAGUCUACGGAUAAAGGGUCUCACGGAAGUGAACGAUGACAAACCUCCUCCCCCGACGGCAUCGUUGACCGGUGGUGGUUGCGGAACUACCACAACUACUGCCUCCACCACCACCCCCACCAACAUCAACCAGAAUCAACCCCAUCAGACGAAUCAGCUGCAGCAGCAGCUAGUAGCUGCGGCCUCACGCAACACACAGCUGGCAGCACUGCAACAGUCACAGCAGUUGCACCAGCAAAAGCAAAAAUCCGGCCAAAGUAUGCUGCUGACGAAUCCGUUGCUUGGUUCGGCUCUGUCACAACAGAAGCGAAAACGCGGCCGGCCGCGAAAGUUAUCCGGUAGUGACACCGGUGGUGACGGAGAGUACGAUGGCUACGAAAGUGACAGCGUCGUGCGGGGUUCUCCGGACGUGGUCGAAGCCAAAGUGGAAGCCGAUGCGCAGUCCAACUCGGGUGAUGACAAUGUCAUAAGCCGAUCGGAAGACCCAGCCCCAGAUGACUCGAUGGAUGUAGAGUGCAGCCCACCGGCCGUGAAUAACAACAACAACAAUAGCAUCAGCAAAAACGCCAGUAGCAAUCCCGCCCCUUCCGGUCACACGACGGCAACUAGCGCGAAGAAUGCCUCCAACACCAACGCCACUACCAACUCUACCAGCAAUGUGAAGAGUUCGGCCAGUAGUCUCAAGAAUGAAAACAGCAUGUCAGAUUCCAAAGAUUCCUUCAACGAGGACGAUCCCUGCGAUCCAAUGGACGACGACGAGGAGGAAGAGAACGACGACUCGGACGAGGAACGAGAGCUCAACUCGAGCUACAUGGAACCGCAGAUGCUGCUGGACGAGUACGACGAACCGGUGGAGUUCAAGUACGAUCCCAAGUCGGACAGCGGAGCGGUCGAUUCGACGUCUAGCAGCUUUCCUCCGCCACUGCAGGCCAAACCGGGUACACCAACCAACAGUUCCGGGGGGCGAAUGCCGCUAAUCAACGUGGUACCGACGAUGUCGCUGUUGAACACACAGCUGCCCAAGCUGGCCCCGCUGUCGUCGAGCGCAGCGGCAGCUGCAGCAGCAGCUGUCGGUUUCCUCGGCACAAAAUCCUUACCAAAGCUUCACAAACGUCCCCGCUUGAUGGGAAAGUCACAGAACGGUAUCACUGCGACGCAGACGAUUCUGAACAACCUGAACAACAAUCUGAAUGAUAGUUUGAUCUCGACUUCGACCAGCGGAUCAGCUGGUGUGGUGUCCGGUGGGCUUCAAAUAUCGAAUGUCCUAUCCGGUUUGAACACAUCGGACCUGUUCGAUAUGUACUCGAACAAUGUGAUGAACUCACCAACUACUCGAUCGUGUUCGAAUUCACCCUCGACAAAGGCUGGUUCCGGUGGUGAGGGGAGUAGCCGGACGCACAAGUACACUGUGAUCGACGAUACCGAAGGAAGCGUGCGGGAUUUUUGUACCAAAGAGGGAGACCACGUGUACCGAUGUAAGGUAUGCUCCCGAGUCUACACCCACAUUAGCAACUUCUGCCGGCAUUACGUGACAUCGCACAAGCGAAAUGUCAAAGUAUACCCUUGUCCGUACUGUUUCAAGGAGUUCACCCGCAAGGAUAACAUGACAGCGCAUGUGAAGAUCAUUCACAAGACGGAAUUUGCCCAGCAUAAUCCCAGCGGUUCGGAUGUGACCCCCGCGUUGAUGAACACCAACAGCAAUAGCAGUACAAACGGAUCGACCACCCCGGUACCGACGACUUCGGCCAGCAGUUUUACGAAUGCAGCCAUCAUCAAUGCCGUUGCGAACGCCGUUGGUCUGCAGCCUAAGAGUGCUGCUACAGCAGCAGCAGCUACAGCCUCCAGCACCGGAUCCGGCAUACGGAUUUUGUUUCCGUCGAUCGGCGGCCAAAGUGCUUCCUCGUCUACGACAUCACCUGCACCCACCUCCACCGGAAGCCAAUCCGGUACCAUCAGUAUCAAAAAGGAGUUUCAGGAGAAACCAACUUCUUCGUCGCCCGGAGCGACCUCCCCGUCCGGUGGUUCGGUAUCGUCCAGCACCGUCACAUCGCCGAGCUCGACGACACUAGCCAGCAGUGGAGCGGGCUCAGUAGCAGUGGCUACCGUUAGUCAGUAAUAGGACUUUACCUCACACUACCCCGGGGUGGACUAGGGGUCACCCGUACACGAGAACACACAACAAGAGGCUACUAACACUAAAGUAUAUCCAGCAGUCGGAUGGCACAAAACGGACUUGGCAGGGGAAGAUGGAGAUGACAAAGAAAGAGGGAAAGAGAGAAAGAGAAGCUGCAAUAACUGUUUUAUUUUAUGUUCUGUUGUUUAUUUAAUUAUUUUUUUCGCUGACCGAGAUCGUUAAUCAUUCCUUUAAAAGGGUAUUUGUAAUUUUAAUAUAUUUGGAAUUGUAUAGCAAGAAGCAAGCACAUGCGCCCUACAGGCGCGCACUUAAGGUAAGAAUGAGGUAAUAUGCGCGUCGCGACGGAAGCAAGCAAGAGAAAAAGUGCCUUCUCUGAAGGAGAACACAAGUGUCCUAACAUUUACAUAUUUAGUGUAACAUUUUUUUGGCUGAUUACCUUUACCUUGUAAUAUUUUAUUGUUAAUGAUAAACACCGAUGGAAACAGAAUCCACACAAAACACUUAGACAUACAAAGUACAUACAUAUGGAAACAACAACCAAUUCACGCAAGUCUUCCCAUUUUAUAAUUCAAUUUGAGGAAAUCCGCGGGGAGUAACCGACCUCCCUCGAUUGAAUCGAACGACAAAAUGUUUGCAUUCAACAACAACAACAACAAAAAGUGUAGUACAAUAAAAACGUUAAAUCGAAAACAACUAUCGGCUUAAGAAAAAAAAACAGGAGAAAGCAAAUAUUUAAUGAACCGUUGAACCACCCAAGUGCCGAGAAUGCAAUUGGGUUUUUUUUAACCUUCUCACCCACCUCCAGCACCACCACUAUCAAUCAGAGACGGUUGACGAUGUCCCGGAUUUCAGUCCGACAGUCACAACCAAGUCUUGCAUAAGAUGUUAAUUAUUUUUAUCACGCAAAAUCUUACCCCUUUCGUUAGCAAUUGAUUACACGGUGCGACAAAUGCUGUUUUUUUUUGCAGAAAAAGCGAUUCUGGAAAUAUCUGGACUGGUAUUGCAGUAACCUUACUGUGGUUGAGAGGAAAUCUUACCUGGGUGUAGGGCUGUUAGUCCCGCAUUUUCUAAUAACUGGAAAAAUUUCCGAGUUUGUUCCAAGGUUGGGGUUGGUCUCUUUUUCAAAUAUGUAGAGCUCAGUUGGAUUUCUUCAUGUUUCCCGUAUGUAGGAUAUUUCUCACAUUCAGGAUGUAUUACUAACUAUAAAGUAUUUUUUGACAUGGCAUCGACAUUGAUUUGAUUGUGGGAGUUAGCUAAUAUCAACAACCAAUCGAUUGUUUUCGCUAAUCAUCGCGUUGUUGCAUUUUCUGUUUUUCUACGAUCUGCGACCAUUUCUACUUGCAAAGGGGUUUUGGGUAUGCCGAGAGUUUAUUGUAUUAUCGAAUUCGCUUAACCAUUAGAUUAGUAAGAGCCAAUUGGGUUGUCCAAAAUAAGCGAUUUUCGUCACAAUUUGUUUUACCGGAAUCUACCACGCGGAUGUACAAGUUGGGAACCAAGCGGCCAUCAUGCGACAUGCAUUUUUCAAGCGAAUAAUCUGAUCUUUACCAUUUUUGGCGACAGGGUAACAGCAAGCAGUGGAAUCGAUCGGAUCGGUUGUGGUCUAGAAAAGUUUCACGUGAACAAAACGUUGAAUUUGCAGCUUGCAAGAGGAGACGCACGUGUCUGAGUUGGUGCAGUUGUUCGAUAAGCUGAUGUAGGACAAUGUUGUUGGUUGUCAUUUGCUGUAGCCAGCAGCCAGUAUAUGCGUUUAAAUUAUGCUGGUACCAACAGAUUACAACCAGCACGUAUAGAAUCAGAAUAUAUUGGCUCAAAUGGCAUGUUUUCCGUAUGUAAUCGGGGAUUCAUGCCUAAUGUAAACUGGCAAUAAAAAAUUCAGUCGUAAUAAUACUGCAUGGUUGCUGGUUUCGUUCAACAGUCUGUCGGAUUUUGGCCAUCAAUCUUAAAUCUGGAUUAGAAGGAGAUUUGACUCUGGACUCUCUUACUAUUAUAGAUGAAUGAUAGAGGAGUGAGAGAAACUCAUGAGGCGAUUCCCGUUAUUUUUACACAAAGUUGAAGGUCGCAAAAGGCCUGUUUUCUGCAAAAGGUUGGACCACCACUUUUGCACGAAAAAUUUCUACUACAGGAUAAUAAACACGUCUAUUGCUCAGAUUUUUAUUUUAGCUGAUAAGUAUGCAAUCAUUUCGCUAUCUGACUCUUGGUAAAACGAAGACGUCAAAAGGUUCACCCGGAAGUGUAUGACAGCUAAACCAAACCAAGUGAUUCGCUGAGACCACCAGCACAAAAUUUCUUUACAACCUGUAAGUAGGGCUCCCCCCACCUGUUCAGCAGACCCUUAUUGACAGGGCGGUCUAGGUGCUUCUACCAGACGAGGAUUUUCACACACACACACACACACACACACCAAACUAAUGUAAACUUUACCGACUUUAUCUGCUACUGUUGGACGGAAAUGCGGGUGGUCAUGUCCAACACACUCAAUUCAGUUCGGUAAUUUCUGCACAGCUGAACAGGCUGUGGCUUUAAUUUGCUUCAGCGAUAUAUUUUCCGAGUUUCAGCAAAACAAACGUCACUUCUACUGUGAUCUCGGUAAAAGCUCUGUUAGCUGAGUGCUCGGCUGUGCAAAACUCCGUAAAAGUUGUGAAAAAAGCUGGGAUUCGGUAGAACAAAAUUAAGUGUCAACCGGCCGGGAUAGCAACGGCCGAGUUCUCCUUGGUUUAUUGUUUGCUGCUCCGAUAGCGGUCAUUUGCAAUUAGUUAGGGAAGAGAGCUAUGCCCCUUUGUUGGAACCCUCCUAGGGACGGUGGCGAAAUAUCAGCGGGUCGUCUGCUCGCCGUAAAUGACCCCGGAAGUUACAGCGAUGAACUUCCCAGGGGGAACCUUUGUCCACCCUCUUUCAUUCUCCUUGGCGAUCAACUGCGAAGGAGAGCUUUGCUCGUUUGAUUGAUCCUCCAUAGUGAGAACCGACGAUGCUUCGGAUCCUUCACAAUUAGCCGGGAACGCGAGUGGCUCCUUCGCGAUUAGCGUUCCACUACGGCGGUCCUGCGCUACACAUGUAACCGGACCACUGGACGUCGAACGCGCGCAUUUCACAUGGAAAACUGUCUCAAAAAAGGAUUUAUUUUGGGCGUCCUUUUACUACCGUCGGAGUUAUUCGUCGCUCGCUGUCCACGAUGGCCGCAUUCCUGCUCGACCAAAAACACACAAAAGCCUGUACCGCCGUAUUACUGUCAUCGCUUUGGUACAGCAUAGUCAGCAAACUAUUGCAGAGAGAGAAGAGUGGUGACCUGCCUAAACCCUAUAUUACUUAUAUACAAAUGUUCAAAAUUACUACACCUAUCUGCACGAACAAAACCGUUCACAAAUGCGAAAUGAACAGAUGUUUACGACUUAAUGUCAACGGUACACAACAGCGGCGAGCAUAAUGUUGUGUAAACAAAUACACUCUAUGGAUUGUAUACACAACAAUAGGUAUCUUUCCACCCAGCUCUAAAUUGUUACCCUCACGAGUUACAAACAUAACCUUUGCCGAUGACGUGCUGCACCAAGACGGACAUUUUUUUCUGUGUGAGCGCGGUUGUCAUUUUUCUUUGAUGAAGCCGAAAAACCAAGAGGAUAUGAAGAAGAAAAGCACAAACAAAUGACGUAGUGGGCCUUUCGGUUACCAUUAGUUUUGUUUCGGUUCGGUCAUUUAAUUUAAUUUAAUUUAAUCGGUUUUUUUCGAGGUAAAAAGUGUCCAUAAGUGGUAAUCGGUAGAUCCGAGGUGAAGCUCGUAUUUUUCUCACUUUUCGUCGUGUGCCAAAGAAUCAGAAAGCUCGUUCGGAAGUUUAUGUUUACUUCAAGGGCUCCGGCCGCCAUGCUUAAUUAUGCAAGUAUAAUACUAAUACACUCAAAAGUGUCAAAUGUUUCCACCUUUUUCUCCAUCUUGGUGCUACACAGCGUAUUCUUCUGUCUGUAGUCAGCAACAGAAAACUGCUAAUUCUACCGCAAAAAACGAUAUACAUGUUUCAGUCAAAAAAUGUGUUGAUACUACCACAGAUAACAUAUUUUGGCUAUAACAAAAUUUCCUUAAAAACCUCUGUAAAUUUUCAAAUUGAUAAACGAUGGCACUCAGCGUUUCACUAUUGCCAUCUACGAAACAGUUUGCUACUCUUUUGCGCCACCUAUAAACAUUUGCCAAACGUGUUUCAGACGUCUGAUUUAUUCGGAAUUUCAGUAGCGGGUAUUUACACACAUUUCGAAUCGAGCCUAAACAUCGGUUAUCUGUAGUACUACAUGCCAUUUACGAAAUUUAACUAUGUAGCCGAUUCUUGUGUACAGGAAUUUACGAAGCCCGUGUUAUUAUUCUACUGACGCUGGAAUACUGAUUGGGACUUGAACGGAUGACGACUGGUUUGAGGGUAGUGACGUACCACCAGACCAGAGUCAGUUAACCCGGUUCUCAUGUAACUUUUACGGCUUUCUGCAACCCGCACAUGGAUGCGAAUCGUCUAAUAUGUACUCAAGAACCUUUAAUUUAGGGGUGGGCGUAGCGUAGUUGGUAAAUCGAUUGCCUUGUACGCAGCGCACCUGGGUUCGAGUCCCGACCCCGCACAUAGGGUUAGAAAUUUUUCAUAAGAGAUUUUUCUAACCCGAAGAGGCGAAUGACCUUAAGGUUAAAACCUCUAUAAUCGAAAUAAAAAAAACCUUUAAUUUUGGAAGUUUUAUAACAAUUCAUGUCUGCACCUUAUGCAAAAUGGGAACAAAAACAUCAACUUCGUUAUCUACGUCGAUGAAGCCGUCAUAUCCUGUGAAAAACAAGGUACGGAGAUGUUAUUCGUAAACUAAUCGAUCUGGUGUAAGUAAGGUCCCAAUUUAUAUCUAACAGAGUGCUAACGAAGCUGUCGUAGGCGGCGUGCAUGAUAAAGUCUGUGACGUCUUCAAAGUUCACUCUUAGGUUACCAGCUAGCACUAUAUGUAUAGAGGAAUGAUGACGCACAUGUUGACCUAAAGGAGCCAGAGCAGUGCCGCAGUACGGAGCGUCAUCUCAGGCACUUACAAAGCAGAGGUCCAAUGUACAUCCAUUCUCGUUGACAUUGUUGAUAUGCCGAAGAGUGGCGCUACUUUAGCUGUCCGGAAUACAAUUGGCAUCGUUGUUAAGCACAUCCCAUCGUAAAAAUUCAUAAGAUAUCCCUUCGUAAAAAUUCAUAAGUUGCUUGCCACCACAUUAAUCCAGAUAAGUCAAAGUCGCCCUGAAUAAGAAUGUAAGAAAGAUGUACAUCGAUCGGGCUGGAAUCACGAAUUCUAUUCGGUGGAAAAUACACGACAUCAUGUAACCACAUUGCGAUCGGUAAGUUUCACUAAUAACCACACCGGUCGCCCUUGAUCACUCGGGCUUUAUAACACGAUGAACUGCGAUAAGUACACCACCACCCGAUGUCUUACUACUGUUGAAGACGUUGCGGUCACCGCGAUAGGCAUCAAAUGCUGAACCAAACAUUUGGUCGCGAGCUCUCCAUAGAUGAAUUCAAGUCACCGACGUUCUGGUAAUAAAUUUCGAUGCUGUUGGAUAACGGGUCAGGUUCGAAUGAAGUGCCGUCGACUUUAGUAACAACGGAGAGCGUAGCAACGUUUCCGUUUUGAGCGCGUUCGAAGAUCCUUCAACCAAUCCAACGAACAGUAUCGGAAUGGGUCGACUGUGGCGGGGGAUUCAAGGCAUCCCGUAUUAGCUGCGUUGCGCCCCAUAAUAGGACGAUUGUCGUCGGGGAGAGAAAUGGUUGACUGCUGGUCAAGAGAAGUCGGGGAAAAAGUCAAAUUACUUGAAGCGAAGAAUACAUCAGCGCUUGAAGUGUUCGGAGCAAAUGUAUUUGUGGCGGGUAGGAAGACCCUUUCAUCCAUCCCUCACACAGGAACGGGACGAUUUAUGAUUGUUCGUUGUAAUAGCUUGAUUGUGGCGGAGGGAUCGAGAUCUAGGAACAGAAAGGUAGUAGCUUACGGUGAAAGUCAGACGAUAAGCUGGAAGCGUAAAAAGAUUCAACCAUUGUAUCGUUCCAAUUUGUAGAAUACGUGUCGAAAAUGGCGGCUCGGAAGACCCCGUCACCAGCCACGCACAGAGGACCGGAACGGCUGCUGAAUGCUGUCGGCAAAGGCUCGACUGUGGCUAGGGUGUUUUAGGGCUUCCAUAAACCCAACUGCAUUGCGUUUUAAUAUACGCUCAACAUCGACACUCGUCAAUGGCGGUGUAGCUUGAAAUCGCGGAGUCCUCGAUAGAGUCAAUGACGGGCCGAGUUGCAUUAGCGGAUUGCAUACUUUAUCUGACGGCGGAGGAAAAUCUGUGGGGCGGGCACCAUAUGAUCUGGGUACGGCUAUCAUCAAAUUUUCUGAACUGUUCUGCUUUGCGGUCAUGGGUCAGGGUUACCAGCUGUAUCGCGGUACUUUGGGUCAACCUCAAAUUAGAAGAAUUCGAAGUCAAAAUGCUGUCGUCAGUACCUUUUUUAACAAGCCGAACAACUUUUAUCUCCAAUUAUUCCACUUUAGUCCUUCUUUGGACAUUUUUCGGCGGUCUUCUUUCUAACGCUGGGAUGAAAGCGUGCAAGAUACAAGCAAAGCAACGGCAUGAGAGGUUAAACCAUUACAAAGUUGCUAUUAUCGACUAGCUUUCAAACGCCAGCAUGAAUAUUGUACGGAUCAGGCCCAUCCUCGCGACGAUAUUUCUGAUGUAGUUGAGCGGUUCCCGGAUUCAGCCACACUGGUGUAGCUGUAGACAGGGUUGCCACUAUUUUUCGAAGAAAAUCUGGCAGUUCAGCUAAAAAUGUCUGGCAAAAUCUGGCACUUGACAGCGACCACAUCCAGUCAUCGAAAUUAGGCAUACAUUUUAGUUUUCAUAGAAUCGAUUUUUGUAAAAUGUGGGACAUAAUUACCCAAAUAUCCAAAAUGUGUAUGUAGCAGCUUCUAAAACUUAAAAAUCUGGCAGAAUGAGAGAUUUCUCUUUUUGUCUGGAAGCUGUCAAAACCUCUGGCUGUGCCAGAUAAAUCUGGCAUAAUGGCAUCCCUGGCUGUAGAUUUUUUUUCUGGGAGCGGUACAAAAGGCCAAAUCACAAAAAGCCGAAACACAAAAGGCCGAAGAUGUUCUAACCUACCACAAAAGGCCGAAACCCGAAAAGGACCAAUCGCAAAAGGCCGAAUCACAUAAAACCGCAAGCAAGGCUUCGUGUUGUUUAUUUAUUCCAGUAAAGCGGCAAAUAUGCAACGAGAAAAGUGUCGUAAAUAUUCCAAACAUUAUUAUUCUAUUGAAAAAAUCGUAGAAAAUCACUCUUCUUAGAAUGUUUCCAGUUCCAACCGAUCUACAUAUUUACCAUUCUGAAAAGGUACAUCGACAUUUUGGAGACCCCGCUUUUUGGCAACUUCGUGGAAUAACUUCAUUGUGUUCUGUCUCGAGUUAGUUAUUAUGGGAACCAUAUUAGGCUUAAUGUAAGCAGUAGCAUGUGGAACAGCGACCAACUUGCCGUGUUUAACAUUCUACAUAACAGGUAGUAUGGAAAGUUACGCUCAAACUGAUAUUAUUUACUAUAUCAUCAUUGAAAGUUUUUAGUUCCAACCGCUCUACAUAUUUGUUAUUCUUUUUGUACCAGUCGGCCUAACGGUAUUCGGCAAAACCACAUUCGGCCUACUGGCUUUCGGACUAAUGACCCAGCAUCUUGAUAUUCGCUGCAUAUUUACAGCGAGAAAGAUGACGUAAAUAUGCUAAACAUAAUUUUCAAUGGUUCCAAUCAAAUUCUUUCAAAGGUUCCAAUCAAAUUGUUCAAAGCUGAUCAUUCGUUUAAAUCUUGUUUUCAGUUCCAAAGACUUUAUUUCUCACCCUGUUUGGUGCAUUCGACCUAGUGUGCCCCGCCCUAAUGACUAUUCGGCUAUAUGUCCUUCGGCCGGAUAACCCUUUGACUAAUGACCCCCAGCGUCGUUCUAAUCUACUACAAAAUGCCCGAAAUGACCUUAUCAGAAAGUAUGUAAUGCGGAUAGUGCAUAUUUUAACGUAAAAUGGUCAAUCAAUGUUGAACAGAUUUUUAGAAAUUCUGCCAUGUUAAUUAUUAUAUGAUCUUUUCGGGCAUUUUUCUUUCUUUUUAACAUGAGCUGUUCCUUUGAAAUUAAUUCAAUUUAAUUAAAUCAAAAAUAAAUUAAAGCAGUUUUCAGCUUUCAAUUCAUGAUAUGAUAUGCAAUAGCUCAUCAAUAACGCCAUGGGUUACUACAAUGACCUUAGCGAUUUGAUCUUGUGCUUCGGUCUUUUGUAGUUCGGCCUUUUGUAAUUCGGCCUUUUGUGAUUCGGCCUUAUGUGAUUCGGCCAUUUGUGGUUUUCGGCCUUUUGUGCUUCGGCCUUAUGUGAUUCGGCCUUUCGUAGUAUUUUUCUAGCGAUGCGCAAAAUUUUUCUCAGCGAUAGCAGUGAUAGCACACCCGAGUUAAGAAACGGUGUGGAAACGAGCAAAUUUCAUCAGCUUGACACAUUCAUUGCACAUCCAAAAUAAAUUUUGGUUUUUCGCGAGAAUUCUCAGGAACGAGCCGUCCAGUUGUUUCCCGCAUAAAGUCCCAACUUGCUUGCGAGGUUGGGGUUUCGGUUGAAACAGCUGGCCACUCUUUUCAUCAUUUUUGCGGCUUCCGGCUUUCGAUUUCCUCUCGAUCCAUUGUGAUUUGGCCACAUUCGAUAAUUUCGCUAACUUAGCGUACCGAGUAUUCCGGAUUUUCGCGAUGCGCAGGUUUUAAAGCUCCAUGAAAAAUGCGUCAUGUUCAAGAGGGAAUGUUUUAACGUUUCAUUGAAAAAUGAGGGUAGUCAACAUAAUCUGGCUUCGUGGCCUGACUAGUUGCCAAAAAAUGAGAGCGAACCUUUAUAUAAAUUGAACCUUUAUAUAAAUUGACAGUUGUAACAACGUGGCACUAUCCCUGCAAUUGUCUUGUACACUGAAAAACGUCUGCGAAAAUUCCUCAAAGAAUUGUAGUGCACGCUAGUUCCUCUCUGCAAAAACCAAGAAACAAGUUGCUCCGUGUAAUCAUAUCCCAAGCCCUGUGGCAAUUUAUUGUAAAUCUCUGCCAUCUCCCUUUCUUUUCUUUGUAAAUCAUGCCUUUCUCUGAUUUAUUAUUUAUUGAACCCCCUCCACAACCCUUUCGUGAAAACUGUCACUUUCCUCUUUGAAAUGUCGUUUAGUGCAACAUUACUUUCCAAACGAACUCUAACCACAACAACAAUAAAAAUACUAAAACGGACAUUUUAGUAGAUACAAAAAAACAGAAUAAAACAAAAAUAUUUUGUAAUUUGCCUCCAAGGCCACUACAUACUACCUACUCCGAAAAUUUGUAAUUCAAAGUAAAAUGAAAUCGUACUCUGAAACACCGACCGUGACGCGUCUAGCGCAUGGGGCGGUGUGUGCGUGUCACAUGGCGGCAGAAGCAUAACAAAAUUCUGUGAUUGACUUAUGUUUAAUUUUGUACUAUUUUUUGUUGUCCUAAUACAUAAUUACUUUCUUCCUUUAAGGCUCAAGUUACCUCAAGGCUUGGUAGUAUGCGUAAGAAAAAUUGUGUUCAGCUUUGCCACCAGAUUAUCCAUUUAAACCUUUUCAAAACUCUAAAAGAAGAAUAUCAGUCGAUUUAUUAGGUCAUCACGAUUCAAUUCAUGCAAAAUACCUGCUGGAAAAACCAUCGGCUUAGCUGGAUGGUGCUUUUGAAAAAGUGGCUGUGAUUUUUUAUCACACUACCACACCGAGCUGGGGUACGCAACACAACUGCGCAAUGAAAAAACCACAGCCACUUUUUCAAAAGCACCAUUUAGCUAAGCCGAUGGUUUUUCCAGCAGGUAUUUUGCAUGAAUUGAAUCGUGAUGAUCUAAUAAAUCGACUGAUAUUCUUCUUUUAGAGUUUUAAAAAGGUUUAAAUGGAUAAUCCGGUGGGAAAGCUGAACACAAAUUUUCCUACGCACACUACCAAGCGUUCAAUUCUAACACAUGCUUAAAAAAGGUAACUUGAACCUUAAAUCGUUUAAUUCGGAGGCUAUCCACUACUACAUUUCUGAAAAUUUAAAAAAAUGCAUUUCUGCUAUUAUAAAGCCCUUCCGAAGUGAAUUAAACAACAAACAGUCAGAAACAUGUUGGAAAACCUAAAAAUUUAAAGUCUGAGAUAGUAAUUUAACGAAGAGAAACAAAAAAUCCCCAAAUCGAAAGUCCAACACUGUAUAAGCAAAAAAAAUCGAGAAACAGUCUAUUUUGGAAAGACUUGAACGGCGUUAGGCGGGAACAAAAAGUUAUCAAUUAAGGGCAAUAGAAUGGUAGUGUAGAGAGUAAUAUUUAUAUACCAAGUAGGGGGCUAAUCGAAGAAAGAAUCAAAAUAUCUUUUUAUAAGAAAAAGCUUCAUUAUCUAACAUAAAGAAAACCAUAAAAUAUUUAAUCGGAAACCAUUUUAGUCGUGUAAGCAAUUUUAAUUGUCGGAUUUUAAAUGUUUGUUGUAUCAUUUUUUGUUUACUAUUUUCCUACUAGAACACGUGUAAAUAUUUUAACGAAUUGGAGUAACCGCAAACGGUAAAAGUACUGCAAUAUUUUUAUACUUGCUCUAAUUUUUCGCGAGCACCGAUCCUCACACCUCCGCACUAAUCAGUUAAUUUUAACCUAUAAUAACAGCAAAUGUCAUGCAAAGGUAGAUAGUGCAAUUUUACGUUUAAGGUUUUCACCGCAGCAGUUUUUAUUUAGUUUUUUGUUUUUUUUGCUCUAUAAUUCUUAGAAGGUCAAGUAGUUGAAUUUUUUUUAGCAAGCAAAAGGCUGUUUUUAAACAUCUUAUUCAAGCAAGCAAUUUGUUUUUAUCUUUUAGAUAACUUUUUCACCCGCAGCACCACCUACAAUUAGAGAAAAGGUUAAAAAAUAACGCACAUUUUGCACUCGGUUUCACAUUUGACUGCUAGUACUAUAGAUCGUUUCGGUUCCAAACUCUGUGCUCUUGCUGCAUUGAUAGGCAGUGCAGCAAAGAAGUGCAAAAAGAAAAUAAAUCAAGUUACACGGAAAAAGUAAUUACUAUGUUUUAAUCGUAGCCUAAUUAAUAAUCAUUUUUGUAUUCUUUAUCGAAUAUAUUAUUAUAAAAAUAUUAUAUUUUAUUACUAUUAAUAUAUAUGCAAAACUACACGCAGACACCCAACACAAUAUAUACAUAUAUAUUUAAACGAGAAGGAGUAAGCAGAAAAAUGCAAGAUUCAAUAAAGUGAAAAAUGUACAUUAAAAAAA